CAUGUUUGUUCUCAUGAGUAAACAUUGAAUAAGAAUUUUGGGAAAAGAGAUGUCAAUAGACAUUCAUUUCUCCUUAAGUACCACUCAACCCAAGCAUAGCCACUAAUUCCAACUCUAAUUAUUCUCCAACAAGCUAACCACCAAACCUCAACUCCUUUCCCUUCAAAGGCACGCUUGAACUACCUAAAGAACAUAGAAGAGAAGAAAAAAUUUAAGAUAAAGAAGGGAAAUGAGCGAAGCCACCAUACCAUUUCCACAAGGAACUUUUUGCUCACUACUAGCAAUCAUGAAGGAAGCCACUACUACUACUCUGUACUCAUUUUACUCCAAAACAAAAGCAUCCACCCUUCACAACCAAGACCCAUAAAAAUGUCCCCAUAACCUUCCCUUUUUUCACUCCCCCUCUCAUUCCUCUUCAUUCCUUCCUUCUCACAUCUCUUCCCUUCACUAACCACCAUGCCAUUCCUUCACUACUUUUGCCAUCUCCAUCUCCUCCUCCUCCUCAUCUCCUUCCAUGCCGACACCGCCUUCUCCGCCCGUUGUGCCACCUCCACGGCCAAGAAAGACUUCCAAAAAUGCAUGACUCUCCCCACACAACAAGCUUCAAUAGCAUGGACUUUCCACCCUAGUAAUGCCACCUUAGACCUUGUGUUCUUUGGCACCUUCAUUUCGCCUUCCGGAUGGGUUGCACUAGGCAUCAACCCGACAUCAGCCGAGAUGACUGGGACACGUGCCCUAAUCGCCUUUUCGGAUCCGAAUUCCGGUCAGUUAGUCCUUCUUCCCUACAUCCUAGACACUACAGUCAAGCUCCAGAAGACGCCCCUCGUCUCCCAACCUUUGGACAUCCAUCUCCUGUCGUCCUCAGCGGCCCUCUAUGGUGGCAAGCUAGCCACCAUCCACAAUGGCGCUGCGGUCCAAAUCUUCGCAACGUUGAGGCUCGAACCGAACCACACCAAGGUCCAUUUCGUGUGGAACAGGGGACUAUAUGUCCAGGGCUACUCCCCAACCAUCCACCCCACAACUUCAAACGACCUUUCCUCCAUCUCCACAAUCAACAUUCUCUCGGGAUUCACCUCAUCGCAAAUCGUACACAACACCAAGACGCUCAAAAUGGUUCAUGGAAUCAUGAAUGCCAUCUCGUGGGGUGUGAUGCUUCCUUCCGGGGCAGUCACAGCUCGAUACUUCCGCCACAUCCAGUCCCUCGGACCAGCGUGGUUCUAUAUCCAUGCUGGAGUGCAGCUCUCUGCCUUUUUUCUAGGGACCGUGGGCUUCGCCAUCGGGCUCAAGCUAGGGAAUUCAUCCCCUGGGGUGACCUAUGGCCUCCACCGGAAGCUAGGGAUUGCGGCGUUCUGCCUUGGAGGACUGCAAACACUGGCACUGCUGUUCCGACCCAAGACCACCAACAAGUACAGGAAGUACUGGAAGUCCUACCACCAUUUUGUAGGGUAUGCUUGUGUUGUUAUUGGAGUGGUGAAUGUGUUUGAAGGGUUUGAGGUCAUGGGAGCUGGAGGGUCUUAUGGGAAGUUAGCAUACUGCUUGUGUUUGUCAACGCUGAUAGGAGCUUGCAUUGCUUUGGAGGUCAACUCGUGGGUGAUUUUCUGCAGGAAGUCUAAAGAAGACAAAUUGAGAAGAGAAGGGAUCAUCUCUGAUAAAGGGAGUACCGAUCUAAUCCAUAGCUAGAAGGAACCAACAGAUCAAAUUUUGACUGAAACGAAGCAUCUUUUACAUUAUGAUAUCAUUAUAAUGAAACGAACCAUCUUCUUCUGUGUUUGAAUAUAAUAUUGUGUAAGAAAAAAGUGGAGGAAAAGAACAACGGCGCAAAAAAAGUAUAAGCAAUUUG